AGCAAAACUCUUUAUUUUAUUUACCUUUCACUGUAAUCAAACAGGGUCUCACUGCCUCAUUCAGUCACGAAUAAAAUCCCCGCCCUAGCGCUCCUGCAAACUCUCUUUCUCUUACCUCCGGAGUUUGUUGAACCUUCACUUAACCAUGGCUUCUAUUCUAGCAAAGAAACAAAAGCAAAUAGACAAGUACAGUCUCAAAGAACUGAAAACCCUAGGCCAUCAACUUCUCUCUUCAAGAGCUCACAUCAACAACCUUCCUCUCCUCCUUUCCUUCGUUUCACUUUCAUCCUCUCCUCAACAUGCUCUCGAAUCUAUUAUCUCGCUGCAAUCGUUUUUCAUUCCCGUUCUUCCUGAGCUCCCAUCAUCCUCUCCCAAGUCUCUCUUGAAUGCUAGCGAAGCAGAAAAGGACCCCGAAUUGGUCUAUGGAAUAUGGCUUCGGUCGAAGUUCGAUGAGUUUGUUAAGUCGCUAAUCACUGUUGCUGUUUCUCAAGAGUCUGAUGAAGCUCUCAGGGAAGUCGCGUUGGAUGCAGUAAUGGAGUUUGUGAAAUUGGGUAAAGGUGGGAGGUUUCAGUCUGUUAUAUACCACAGGCUUCUCCAUACUAUUGUUCACUCAGCAUCAUCUAUGGAUUUCUUAUUAGACUUGCUUGUGUCAAAGUUCUCCAAGUACAUCGACGUUCGUUAUUUCACAUACAUUAGUGUGGAAAAGAUUGCGAAGAGUUUGGAAGUGACAAACAUUGAUAAUGGAAAUGUGGUUAUACAAGAGGAUGACAAGUUCACUUCUCGAGAAAGCAAUAUAGAGGUUUCUAUUCAGAAGAUACAUUAUCUUCUAGCACACAUUUCUCCUCUACAAGAGCAGGACGGGGACCACGACCAUGAGAUGUGGAGUGAAUCAGGAUUUUCAUCCAAAGACAAUGAGGCUUUGCAGGUUAAGGACAAGCAAAGUAAAUCAAACAAACUGAUUAAGGAUGUCUCUGCUCCAUCCAACAUUGCCAAAAGGAUGAAGUUGAAGUUCACUAAAGCAUGGCUAUCUUUCCUGAGGUUACCCCUCCCUCUUGAUGUGUACAAGAAGGUUCUCAUUUUGCUUCAUCAGGCAGUCAUUCCUCAUAUGUCAAAUCCUGUUAUUUUAUGUGACUUCUUAACAAGAUCAUAUGACAUUGGGGGUGUAAUAAGUGUCAUGGCUCUUAGCAGCUUGUUCAUUCUAAUGACACAAUAUGGUCUUGAGUAUCCUAACUUCUACGAAAAGCUCUAUGCACUAUUAGUACCUUCUAUUUUUAUGGCAAAGCAUCGAGCAAAGUUUUUCCAGCUUCUGGAUUCAUGCCUGAAAUCUCCACUUCUUCCGGCGUAUUUGGCUGCUGCAUUUGCUAAAAAGUUGAGCAGGCUUUCGCUUUCAGUUCCCCCUUCAGGAGCAUUGGUUAUUAUUGCCCUAAUUCACAACCUUCUGCGGAGGCAUCCUUCAAUUAACUUUCUGGUUCACUGGCAAACAGGUGAUGAUACUGAUAGAGAUCUUUCAAGAGGAGGAACAGAAUUUGGUGAGAGUGCAAAGGAAUCUGGUGCACCAGAGGUUCCCAGCAGAAAACCAGGCAUUGACCUGUUUAACAGUGAGGAGAGUGAUCCUGCUAAGUGUAAUGCUAUGAGAAGUUCUCUUUGGGAAAUAGAUACUCUCCGCCACCAUUACUGCCCUCCUGUUUCAAGAUUUGUUGUGUCACUUGAGAAUGACUUGACAGUUACAGCCAAAACCACUGAAGUUGCAGUAAAGGAUUUCAGUUCUGGUUCAUAUGCCACAGUAUUUAAAGCAGAGAUUGAGCGGAGGAUGAAACAGGUCCCGCUUGCAUUCUACCAAUCAACCCCAACAUCUCUUUUCUCUGAGUCUGAUUUUGUGGGUUGGACUUUCAAUGCCAAAGAGAAUGAAAGAAAGGAAACCAGGCACGAUGAUGAAAAUGGCGGCGUGGACAUAUCAAACGAAGAUGUUCUAAAAACUACAAAAAGACAGCGGAUGGAUUGUGAGGAGCUGGAGCUUGGACUUUCAAAGGAGAAACCAAGGAACCAUUUAGAUAUGAGACAUCGUUUAGACUCUAAAGGCCAACGCAGAGGAAAGUUAAUUGAUUACAGAGUCAGCGAGCUGAGAGUAGUUGAACUUUUGGAUGGGCUCUGUGAAAAGAUGCAAGAUUAUACUCUAGAGAAGUUAGAUUCCACUAGACGAGAAUGGAUCAAAGUGGAUGAUUGGGACAACCUGACAAUUGACAAGCAAGAAGCACGAGCUUAUUCAAAAGACAUAUCCUCCUACUGCGGAAGGUUACUUGAAGAAACAGAAGAUGAGUUGGCCGAAUUGAUAAAGAAAGGUUCUGUGAGAACAGGAGAAGUAAGUAAGGUUUUAUGCCAAGACCUCAGCAAGCAUUGCAGUGAGACAAGUUGUUUAAGAUUACAAGGUUCAACAAAGGUCGUCGGGUUUGGAGUUUGCUUGAAGGAAGUGAAUGUUUUGGGAAGAAACAUGGCUGCAGGGCCUGAUCUUUCGCCCCCAUUUACCGUAUUAGAAGGAGGGUACAGUAAUGACAAUGCUUCUUCCAUGGAAGAUGAGAAUUCCGAGAUUUCAGACAGCUUGAAACAAAUGAAGACUGGGAAACCCCCACGCCAUCUCUCAGUUAUGCGGCAUUGUAUUAGCUCUGCUCGGUUGGCCACAUCUGAAUUGGAGCUCAAUACAGGUGUUGUUGGACUAAAGUCACCAACAGAAGGAAAAUCUGGGUUUUUACCCGUAUUUCGUUCGGGAAGCUGUUCUGAGAUUGGACCAAAACAGUACAUGGAGGAUGAACAUAUCUGUAUAGAUAAUCUUGUUGAAUAUCUUGGUGCGAACAUAAACCUCCCUUCUCCAGGAGGUUUCUACGGGGUGUUCGAUGGGCAUGGUGGUUCAGAUGCAGCAUCAUUCAUCCAAAAAAACAUUCUUAAAUUUAUAAUUGAAGACUCCCACUUCCCCUCUUGCAUAGAGAUGGCCAUUAAGAGUGCUUUUUUGAAAGCUGAUCAUGCUUUUGCUGAUGCCUCUACUCUUGACAGCUCCUCUGGAACCACAGCUCUAACUGCUCUUAUUUUUGGAAGGUUGUUGAGUUAUUGCUCCCUGCUUGUGAGGCAGGAGUUCAGUCUCGAAGCAGGGAUGUUGGCUAACACAUACAAUUACCUGUGCAGGAACUUGCUAAUUGCCAAUGCUGGGGAUUGCCGAGCUGUGUUGGGUAAACGUGGAAGAGCAAUUGAGCUCUCCAAAGAUCACAAACCAAAUUGUACAUCUGAAAGACUAAGAAUUGAGAAACUGGGUGGUGUUGUGUAUGAUGGGUAUCUUAAUGGCCAAUUGUCAGUGGCACGAGCCCUCGGCGACUGGCACAUGAAGGGCUCCAAGGGGUCAGCAUGCCCCUUAAGUGCAGAGCCAGAGUUGCAGGAGACCAUCCUGAGUGAGGAAGACGAGUUCCUCAUAAUGGGCUGUGAUGGGCUUUGGGAUGUGAUGAGCAGCCAGUGUGCAGUAACGAUAGCAAGAAAGGAGUUGAUGCUCCAUAAUGAUCCUGUGAGAUGCUCAAGGGAGCUGGUGAGGGAGGCACUAAAGCGCCAGACGUGUGAUAAUCUGACGGUGCUUGUGAUCUGUUUCUCUCCAGAGCCACCACCUCGGAUAGAGAUCCCUAAAUCGCGGGGGGCAUUUAAUGUCUGUGUUGGCAUAGACUUCACCAUGACUAUGGUUUGGAUUCUAUUAUCACUGGUUUUCUCUUUUGGGUCGCUAUCAACUGGGGUUGGCCUGAACAUUUCUUCAAGACCACCUGUUGUGCAUCUUGGAGCUAUUUUGACCCUGGAUUCUAUCGUAGGAAAAGUUGCAAAGGUUGCAUUAGAGGCUGCAGUGGAAGAUGUAAAUGCCAAUCACAGCAUUCUUCAUGGAACAAAACUGGUCCUCACGAUGCAGGAUUCCAAUCAUAGUGGAUUUCUUGGUAUUGUUGAGGCUUUACAGUUUAUGGAGACUGGUAUCAUGGCCAUUAUAGGUCCUCAAUCUUCGGUUUUAGCUCAUGUGAUCACUCAUGUUGCAAAUGAACUCCAAGUACCUCUCGUAUCCUUUGCAGCGACCGACCCUACACUCUCUUCACUUCAAUACCCUUUUUUUGUAAGAGCUGUGCAAAAUGAUCUGUUCCAGAUGGCUGCAGUUGCCGAGAUGGUUGACUACUACAAUUGGAGAGAAGUAACUGCUAUCUUCAUUGAUGAUGAUCAUGGGAGAAAUGGGGUAGCAGCAUUGGGGGAUCAACUUGCUGAGAGACAUUGUAAGAUCUCUUAUAAAGCAGCUAUGAGCCCUCAGGUGACCCAAGAUGACAUUGCCAAUGUACUGGCUAAUGUAGCAAUGAUGGAAUCACGGGUUCUUAUUCUACACACUUAUCCUGAAUAUGGUCUCAAGGUAUUUGACUUGGCCCAUAAUCUCGGAAUGACAGGAGCUGGAUAUGUUUGGAUAGCUACCAGUUGGCUCUCUACCGUCUUAGAUACUAAUUUAUCCCUCCCUUCAGUUUCCAUGAAUUCGAUCCAAGGAGUUAUCACUUUGCGUCAGCAUACACCAGACUCGGAACAGAAAAUAAAUUUUUUGUCUAGGUGGAGUAACUUGACCAGGGAAAAUAAAAGUGCUCCUUUUGGGUUGAGUGCUUAUGGUCUAUAUGCAUAUGAUACUGUGUGGCUGCUAGCUCAUGCAAUUAAUGCAUUCUUUGAUGAAGGUGGAACUAUUUCAUUUUCCAAUGAUCAGAGGCUGAAGGAUGGGCAUGGAGGGAAUUUGCACCUUGAAGCAAUGAAAAUUUUUACUGAAGGGCAACUGUUUCUUAAGAACAUUUUGCGGAGCAAUCUGACAGGUCUUACUGGCCCUAUUCAGUUUACUUCAGAUGGUUCCCUCAUUCACCCUGCCUAUGAUAUCAUCAAUGUGAUUGGCUCUGGUUUCCAGAGGAUUGGGUACUGGUCUAACUAUUCUGGUUUAUCAGUUUUGCCUCCAGAAACGCUCUUCAUGAACCCACCUAGCCGUUUGAGUUCCAAUCAACAACUACACAGUGUAAUCUGGCCUGGGAAAACAAUGAUGAGGCCACGUGGGUGGGUUUUACCAAAUAAUGGAAGGCAGUUAAGAAUUGGAAUCCCAAAUCGAGUUAGUUAUCCUGAAUUUGUCUCACAAGCGAGAGGCAGUGAUGUAGUUCAGGGAUACUGCAUAGAUGUAUUUACUGCUGCUCUAAACUUGUUACCAUAUGGCAUUCCAUAUAGAUUCAUCCCAUUUGGGGAUGGUCAUAAGAACCCAAACUACAAUGAUCUUGUCAAUCUGAUCGCAACAGAUGUCUUUGAUGCUGCCGUAGGGGAUAUUGCAAUUGUCACAAGCCGUACAAGGAUUGUGGAUUUUACACAGCCAUAUAUGGAAUCUGGGCUAGUUGUGGUGGCACCUGCUACCAUGUCAAACUCCAGUCAAUGGGCUUUCCUACAGCCAUUUACCCCAAUGAUGUGGUGUGUUACAGGUAUAUUUUUUCUUGUUAUAGGAGCAGUUGUGUGGAUUUUGGAGCACAGGACAAAUGAUGAGUUCCGGGGCCCGCCUAAAAAGCAACUUAUCACCAUUCUAUGGUUUAGUUUCUCAACUAUGUUUUUCGCCCAUAGAGAGAAUACUGUCAGCACCCUUGGUCGCCUAGUGCUUUUCAUUUGGUUAUUUGUGGUUCUUAUAAUCAAUUCUAGUUACACUGCCAGCUUGACUUCAAUCCUCACAGUGCAACAACUAUCGUCACCCAUCAAAGGGAUCGAAAGUUUGAUAGUAAGCAACGAGCCCAUUGGCUUUGCACAGAGUUCUUAUGCCGAAAACUAUCUGAGUGAGAUACUUAACAUUCCCAAGUCAAGGCUUGUUCCUCUUGGCUCAUCAGCAGAAUAUGAGCAAGCUCUCCAAGCUGGUCCCAAGAAGGGUGGUGUUGCUGCCGUGGUUGAUGAGCGUGCAUAUGUUGAGCACUUCCUCUCAACUCGAUGUAAAUUCACAAUUGCAGGCGAAGAGUUUACCAAUUUUGGAUGGGGAUUUGCCUUCCUGAAGGACUCUCCUUUGGCAAUUGAUGUGUCAUCUGCCAUUCUGAAACUGUCCGAGAAUGGGGACCUCCAAAGGAUCCAUGACAAGUGGUUGACGAGAAGGGCUUGCAAUUCACGAGGGGCAAUGCUUGAAUCUGGUUCAGACCAGCUUCACCUUAGGAGCUUCUGGGGCCUCUAUGCAAUAUGUGGAUCUGCUUGCUUUCUAGCUCUCCUUGUAUACUUCAUAUUGAAGGUACGUCAGUUCAGGCGACAUUUUGGCAAAAAGCCCGAUUCUUCUGAUCAAUCUAGGUCACGAUCUACACGUCUCCAAACAUUCCUGUCAUUUGUUGAUGAGAAGGAAGAGACAACAAAGGUCAGGUCUGAAAGAAGACGAUCAGAAAGGUCCUUCCAUACCAAUAAAAUGGAAGAUGAAUCAACAAUUGUUUCCAAGAGAACGGAUGGGGAAAUAUGUUUAGAUGACAAUAUUUAUGAUGGCAAUUAGCUCAAUUAUUAGUUUUGCCAGCCCGUACAGAUUCUGUGUAUGCAAUCCAAUUUGUACCCUGUUAUGAAAUUCCUGACUUGUACCACCGAAAAGGUAAAAUAAUUCCUGACUCGCAAGUUGGAAUUAUCAUUAGCAUCCAGGAAGAUGUCAUUAGUUUUGGGUCCCGAUUGACAUUGAGAGGGGGGUGAAUCAUUGUGUCAAAUAUUUUUACACUUUCCAACUGUACCCCUGAUGUGGCAAUCACUAUUUGCACUUCAAUAGCACAGUCUAUUGAUGUUGCCCAGAGUUACUAUAUAUACUGCUGAUCAUUCUUACUGUUGCA